AACUUGAAAACGGAGGAUAUCAAAGAGCAAUGGGAACAUCGGGAUGGUGAUAAAGUGCAUGGUGGUUACUUGUUGAAGGAAGCUGAUGGCACCACUCGUGUCGUCAACUAUCAUGCCGAUGAUCAUAGUGGCUUCCAUGCUGAUGUCAAAACAAUUGGUCAUGCUGAACAUCCUCAAACUCAUCACAAGCACCACGAAAAGCAUGAUCAUGAGCAUCACGAAGAGCAUGCCACCCAUCAUGUUGAACACGAUUAUCAUCAUUCUGUUCCCACCCAUCAUGAUGAAAAGGAACAUAUCGUGAAAUACGCCAAUCAUGUGCAACAUGAUGAUCAUCACAAUGCCCACGAUCGCGAUGACCAUCAUGCCACCCACCAUGUUGAACGCGAUCAUCAUCAUUCUAUCCCCUCCCAUCACGAAGAAAAGGAACAUAUUAUAAAAUAUGCCAAUCAUGUGGAACAUGAUGAUCAUCACUAUAUAUUAUCACGAUGA